AUGAUUACAGGCCUGGCUAUGGAGCUUAGUGAUAGACGACGGACUCGGUUUUGGGAGGAUGUUUGGUUACAAUGUGGUUUCUUGAAAGAUAGGUUUCCCAGGCUCUUCUCUGUUUCAAACCAAUGUGGUUUGACUGUAGGGGAUUGUGGGUUUUGGGAUGGGUUAGAGUGGGUUUGGAACUUCCAAUGGAGACGAGAGCUUUUUCAGUGGGAAUUAGACCUCCUAAGUCAGCUACAUGAGGCGUUGAUACUGGUGCUACAAGAAGGAAUGCUGCCAGAAGAUGUAACCAGUUACAGUUUCACGAAGUCCAUCUGGAAUGACUUUGUUCCAUCAAGAGUGGAGUUAUUUGCUUGGUUUGUCCUGGUCCACCACUUGUUCCUUGGCUAUGAUUUUGCUUGGCAGGUGUGGAGUGCAUGGUUAUCUAUGUUUGGUCGGCCCUGUUCACACUUCACACAGUUUAGAGACCCAACACUGCUUUUACUACUCUUUUUGCAAUUUCUGGGGAUCAACAUGAACCAAAUUAAGCCGCAGGACAAUGCUGCUGCUGCAGCAAAAGCCAUUACUCCAUUUCAAUCUGAUGAGCAUGAGUCUCCUGCUACUGAGGUUUCUCAUGAAUCUCCGGUUUCUGGUGCUGGAUGGGUUUGCAAAAUCCCCUCAGAAGACUCAGGAUGGCGUUCAUUCAACACCAAAUCAUCUUCUCAGACUCAUUUGCUUUCAGCAGAAGAAAAAUCAACCAUAGCAGCACUAGAUUUGCAGCUCAAGGCAGUGAAAGCUUGCAAAGCAUUUUUAGUUGGCAAUACUAAUUCGGACUCUGAUGAAGAUGACAUCAUCGAUGAUGAGGAUGAAGAUGAUGAUGAGGAUGAGUCGAUAGAUGGUGAUGACAAUGACGACGAGGGUGAUGAAUCUGCAGAGUACAAGUUUUUUGAAAAGGUGUUUAAAGAAGAUGGUGAAUUAAGAAGAUAUUACGAGAACAACCACAAAGAAGGGCACUUUUAUUGUUUGGUUUGUGGGGCUGUAUGGAAGAAAGUAUGGAAGAGGUUUAAGGAUUGCAAUCAACUACUUCAACAUUCAACUACUGUAUUAAGGACAAAAAGGAUGCGAGCUCACAGGGCUUAUGCUCAGGUUGUCUGUAAAGUUAUUGGUUGGGACAUUGAUCAGUUGCCUGUAAAUUCCAGGAAGAUUUUGGUUGAAUCCAAAAAGUCUGGAGGGGAUGGCAUGGAUGAUUCAAAUGGUGAAACUGGUAAUGGUAAUGCUGAUGAACGUGUUGACGAUUUGGUUCAUGUUCAGUGAAGUGCAGGAAAAGCGAAUAGCAGUUAUGAUAUAGUUUAGACUUUAGAUGAAGGCCCUUAAUCUUUUAUCCCCAACACUAGUAGAGAGGCUGAUGAUUCUGACUUGAAAGAUGUUUAUAUACUUCUAUCUCGUGACCCUUAAUUUUGUAAAUCCUUCUAUUGUGGAGUUUGAUCUCUUGGGAUAGUGCCUCACUUUGAAGCAGUUUUUAUUAUCA